UCACAAAACUACCAAAGGUAUAUCCAUCCUAGUUAAAACUGGUGGGAAUGACUACUAGGUAGAGGAUCCAUGGCCAUCAUACCCACUGAUGAUAGGUUGAAUUUGGUUUGUAUUAACUUAUAUAUUGUAUGUUUAUGUAGAAUUCCAAAACAAAGUUAUUUCAAGUCAAGGUUGCCAUAGUGAUAUUAUGAAGAAUUUUUUUUAUAAAUUAUAGUAUCGAGAAUUUUUUGAAGAUAAUUAAAAUAUUUUUAUGUAAUUCAUUAAAAUGAAAACAUCUAUAAACAAACCAAUUGCUAAUUUCUUCAAACAUCUUUUCAAGGAAUACAGAAAUGGAAGCAAAUGUCUUUGUAAUGUUCUUGGUAAUGACGACUACAUCAAAGCGCUUGCUGUCUUUGGGAUGAUUAUUGCUUUAAUAGAUAUUCUACAAAUUUCAAGGUCUGGAUUGGCUUUGAAGAAAAUCUGGAAAUCAUCAAGCCUCAGCAUGAAAAGCCACUUUUCUCCACAUAUUGAAAGAGACAUGAAGUUCUGCAUGUCACUCUUGAAUUUGCAGAUAAAUAUUCUUCUACUUGCUGGAGUAAAAUAUGACAUAUUAGCAUUCUACUUGGUUUAUCUUAUAGUAGAGAUGCCGACAGUGACACUUCAUUUGACUUAUGCUAUUCUCCUUUUCUCAUCACAAAUGAAGCUGCUGCCUUGGCAGAUAUUCUUAUUAGGUUUUAGAACUCAUAACGUACUUCAAGUUGUUUGUUCAUUCCAUAACAUGAUAAUUUGAACAGGAUGAAUGAAAAGUUGACUUUAUGUUUUCUUCGUCGUCAUCAUAAAUUGAUUUGUAUUUAAAUUAUUCUAGAGGAAUCAUGAAUCUAUUAUUUGAAUCUAAAUUAAAUCAAAAGCUAUAUUGCAAACAAAAGUUUUAUCUGUUCAAUUUUACGAAUACUUUAUAUAUUAUUGGUAGAUAUUUUUCAUGUUAGUCUUCUUUUUCUCAGCCUUUUCCCAUAA